CGUACUCAUAUUUUAUACAGCAAUUGAAUUUAAAUAUCGAAUAAACAAAUCGUAUAUUAAUUUAAAAAAAAAACUUAUUAUCAGUUUAUCACUCUCACAACCAAAAUUUUUUCUCCUCUUUUCUCUCUCUCUCUCUCUUUCUCAAAAUUAGUAUCUUUUUCGCUUUGCUUCUGCUUUUCUCGGUGUUUUCGUCAGUGUGAAAUCUGAGAGGCAUCAACUGUUUGGAGAUGGUGGCGGCAGAUGAUUGGACGAAGACAGCGAUGAGAGACGGAGAAGUGGUGGCGGAGCUAUUGGUUAGGCUUAAGGAAGCUAAAGUGACGCCUGUUCUGUUGGCGAAUCCGACUGUAGCGGCGCUCCGGUGGGGAAUCCAGCAGCCUCGGUCUCGGUCUCCGAGAAAAGAAGCUGAAUCGGCUAAAAACUCGAGAUGUAGUCCAAGUACACCGCUCUCUUGGAGCGGCGGUUGCGGUGGCUCUUCUUCUUCUCCGUCUGCUUACAUCGACGGCUACGAGGCCACUAGUCGCCGAAUCAGUGGCGUCGGAUCUAGAUCCAAGGUUACAAAGGUUCUUGUAACCGCAGACUUGGAAUUUGAUGUCAAUACAUUGCAGAGCAGAAAGGACAUUGCAUCGCGAUGCAUUGAGAGCAAGAACUUGAAGAGAAGGAAGUUGAGCACACAGAUUUCUACUUGUCUCUCAGGUGGUAAUUUGGGUGAGGAUGAGAAUUGCAGUGCGAAUGGUAACUUCUUGCUACCAGAUUUGAAUAUAAUGCCAUGUGAAGAAACCGGUGAACACUAUUCGUCUUUGGGUGUGGGAACAACACUAUAUGGUAUUAAGGAUUUUGUAAGGUGAAGGAAGGAGCUCACUUUAAACCAUGAGAAGUUUGAGAAUCUGGUUCGAUCAGAAUGAUCUGAUCUGAUCUGAUCAUCUUUGUUGGCUCAGCUUUUGAAAAGGGUCGGCCACGCAGGAGCUCGGAGGAAACGACAAAAGAUCAAGGAAGUUUCUUCCUCUGUGGAGUGGUUCUAAUAAAAGAUCAUAAGCAAUGUGUAAGAUAAAGAAAACAAAGAGAUGAACAGAAUUUUAAUUGUUUCUUUGUAGCAUGAAGGGGAGAAAAAAAAAACUCACUUUGUAUUGUUUGUCUAUAUCAGCAUAGCAAAGGGGAGAAAGUCCUAUUUUGAUUUAGCCUUAAAUCUGUAAAAAUAAGACUCAAACCCAAAUAUAAGCCUAAGACCGACUCA